AUGUUUAAUGAAGUUUUAGCAGACAGAACAUUAUCAGCUAUUGAUGGCAAGCUAUCACAAUUUGAAUUCAAGGAAACACCAGAAUAUGAAGAAAAUAUUCAUACUAUAAAAAAAAGACCAUUACUUGUAAAAACUACAAACGUCCGAGUAGAAAAUCGAAAUGACUCUAUAGUUCUUCAUAUGAUACCAGAUUUACCAUCACCCGAAAAUAAAAAUGAUUCAAAAGUCAACAGGGAAACUAAAAUUCCUGAAACCCUUCCGGGUAAUUCGAAGACACAAUCCAAGGCACUUGAAAUCACUGGUAUUGUGGUUGGUUACCUAUUGGCGGUUAUGUGUGUAUUUUAUUGCUGGCGGUUAAAAAAACGUGCAGAAGUUACUAAAGAUUUGCAACUGAGCAGGAGUGCUGGUGACGAUUAUAACCGGGUUAAAGAACUCACUAAUCAGACGGAAAGUCCUGAGUAUGAAUAUAUCGAAUCGAAAUAUAACGCAUUGAAUGCUAAUCAAGAAAGCAGUAUCCCGAUCAGGGCACCCGAGCCUACUCCGCACUCAUCGCUGCCUUCUAAAAAUACUCGCUUUCAGAUAUCACAACGAGGUGGCAUCAGAGAAAUGGAGCAGUGCAGAUCCUCCACUAAUCCGAGAAGCGGUCUAGAAUGUACACAUGUUGAAAAUGAAUAUGACUAUGUAUACGGAGUUAAAAAAAAAUGUCCAUGUGUUGCUGCGUCGAAUCGAGGAGCGAGAAAACCUCUUCGACGGAAUGGCGGCGCGGUCAUACCUCAUCGGGUUCCAGCACAUCAGUAA